AUGGACAAUAACGAAGAACAUUAUGAAGUAGAAUAUGUCUUCGGUAAGAGAUUAGAUAAAGGGAAUGUGGUCGAUUAUGCAGUCAAAUGGCUUGGAUACGACAAAAAGCAUCAUACUUGGGAACCCAUGUCUAGUUUCAGUGCUGCCUCUUUGCUUUUAAUUGGUCGAUUCGAAAGAUAUUUGGCCUAUAAAAAUUAUUACAAAUUGAUAGCGAAGAAAGUAGAAAAAGCCAAACAACCUAAAAAACCAGAGGAACCCAUAAGAGUACAUAUUAGAAACAGAUUCACUCAAGUCUAAAUCAAAGAGGCCGAAAUUAUAAACAUCGAGUUAGAUACUGAUGAAAUUGUUUAGAAAAAGGAGACCUUCUAAAUCAAUGAUGAUGAUGAUGAUGUUCAAAUAGUAAGUGUCAGUUUCAAACCUAUUAAACAAAGUGAGUCCAAGGAUCUAAACAAGUUCAAAGUGUAGAAAGUAUCACAAACUCUUGAUUUCAAUCGAAUGAUGCACAUAAGGCAAUAACAGCUGAACCCAAUUAAAAUUAACACCUAUAAAAGUAAAUACAAGGUAGAAAAGGAUUAUUUAAAUGAGAUCAUCUUUGAGCAAAGAUAAAAAGAGAAAGAAGUAAACAUGUUAAAAUUUACAGAAAUUAAUGAUAAGUUUGAACCUUCUCAACCUAUUAAAUUAGCAUCAGAAUAUUCCUAAACGGAAGGAUUCUCAACAUUAUAGAAUGUCUAUCGUAAUCAAUAAUUCUAGCACAGAGUUUUUAAUUAGAAAGUCCCCUUUGAAUUUAUCCUAUCUCACCAUCAGGUUUAAAAUGAAUUAUGGUUUAAAUGUCAAAGUGAUGAAUAAGAAAUCUUAUUUUUAGAUCUUCAAACACUCUAACAAAACUAUUCAACUUUGUUAUUAGAUUAUUUGGCUGCAUUCAGUGUGAUGAUUUGA